UCCUCCCACAGCCUGUUCGGAGCUCAGAAUAACGCAAGAGGCAAAGACGAGAACGACGCGGCUUUUUGUGCUCACUGCAAAAUCCCGAUCGCGCUUGGAUUAUAACUAUGACUCUGGAAGAGAUCCGCGGACAGGAGAACACGAUGGAAAACGCAGACAGGGUGCAAAGUGCAGGCGCAGCCCUGGAAGAGCUGCUGGUCGCUGCUAAGAAGCAGGACUACCUGACAGUUGGAGUUUAUGAGUCUGCUAAAGUCAUGAAUGUUGACCCAGACAGCGUGGCGUUCUGCAUCCUCGCCACUGAUGAGGAAUACAAGUGUGACAUCGCUCUUCAGAUCCACUUUACCCUCAUCCAGGCUUUCUGCUUCGACAACGACAUCAACGUGGUGCGCGUUAACGACAUCGAGCGCCUGGCCGACCUCGUGGGUGCAGACGAGACCGGCGAGCCCAAGGACGCGCACUGCAUACUUGUCACGAGCCCCAGUGCAAACCCAUGGAAAGACCCUGCUCUGGACAAGCUGAGUCUGUUCUGCGAGGAGAGCCGCAGUGUGUACGACUGGGUGCCUACCAUCACACUGCCAGAGCGCUGAACUCACAUUCCAUUAAGAGUGCUUCACUCAUGAAGAUGAUGAAGAUGAUGAAAAGAAAGUCAAGGAGCUGAGCUUCAGCUGGGGGUGCCAAGCCUUUCUGCUUCACUUGUCUGGAUUAAGAGUCCUUGGCUGUAACCCCCUGCGAGAGCACAACCUUUCGGUGCAUUCUGGGUCAGCACGUUGGUUCUGGAUUACCCAGAGGAAGGGUUCCGGUUCAGAGGUCAAGUGUGGACUGGGCCGUGUGUAGGUGAAGUGGACAGAAAGCCUUAUGGACACAGAGAAGGAUUUUGGACUGCACUGCGUAGUGCAUGAAAAGAUGCUAGGUUUUGACCCAGUUACUGCCCUAGAUAAAAGGCAAUGGAGAACUGAGCAGAGAAGGUCACGGAGAUGGAGAGUGUGCAAGAAAUGGACUUAUGAAAGUGCAGAGGCUGGACUGAAUCUAAUCAGAUGGGAACAAGGAGCAGGUUGCUCCUGAAAAGGGUAUCUGAAAAUGCCUCAGUGGACUUUACUUUUCCAGUGCAGCUACCAGGAAGUUCUUGGAGUAAGCAGAGACUUUGCUUGCAAAUCCUGAUUCGAGCUGUGUCUGUAACCCUGACACAUAUUCAUGGACUAUUAUUGUUGCUUUCAGAUAUGCAGAGAAAACAAUGCAAUAUCCAUCUGAAUUGUAUUCAUUUUGAAUGUUUUGUGAAUAAACAUUUGAAAUCAAACUCA